CUCGGUAUAAUUGAAGCACAACAACACAGUCCAGACAAUCACCUUCUCUCCUCCUUCACUAAACCAACAACCCCUCGCCAACAUGCUCUUCUCUCGCCUUCCUCUCUUCGCAACCCUCCUCAGCGUGGUCACUGCUUGGGAAGCCACCUUCUACAAUGCUCCUGACUGUGACGCCAACGGUCUGACAAUCUACCGCAUAAUGACCUCAGACGCAUACGGUGCCUGUAUUGAACUUGACGGCACCUUAUAUACCAAUGUCGAAUGCCGACAAUACAUCAAUGGCGGUGCUACCAAUUCAGAAUGCACCGACGACAACAUCUUCCCAAUCUCCACUCUCUUCACAUAUGACGGCACCUACCAGUGCCGCUCUUACUAUGCCGCUGGCUGCGAGGGACUGUACGAUGAGCAGUCAAAGCAUGAAGUCGGUGCACCUUAUCAAAAGGAAUGCGCGACUUAUACUAAGCAGUACAAGUCUUUUGGUUGUACCAAGUAUUAGUCCUAGUGUUUGAUCAUCAUGAUAUGAUGUAAAUGGUGAAAUUUUGAGGAAGCGAUGGACACGCGGUUUUAUUGAAGACAAAAGGAAAAUAGGCUGACAAGGUAUCCAAAGCUCAGUGGACCAUUAGAACCAAUAGAAUUGACGAUAUCUGAAAACGAUAUUACUACUGCUAUGGAUCAAAAGAUAACAAUAUCACAUGUUAUACCAC